UUUUGUCGCCAUUGAAGAGAGGGACCAGAAUGAGCUUGACACUGGAUUCACAGAUAUUCCUAAAAUCAUAUCAGAAGAGAAUGUGGAUAUUUUGCCAUAUAUGGGCUGGACUGAAGAGAAGCUGAAGACUGUGCAUAUUAUUGUUGCUGAAGAUGACAUACUGAUGGAAUCAGAGCGAUGCAGCAGUAGCUCCACAUCUGAAGAAAUCCUGGGUUCUGCUCGUGAAGCAGCCGAUUUUGAUGAUGAUGAUUCAGAGAAUGACUAUGAAUCUUUUAAUGAUUUUAUAGAACAAGCAUCAGCAGCUAGCCGUGCUCUUCCUCGCUCCAGAAGCCUCUGGCGUCCUUCACGUUUUGAAGGUAGCACUGACACUUUCAGAGGCUGUCUGAAAACUAAACCUGUUGUAACAUAUCCCCAUCACCUUUCCAUCGAGCAUGGUGCAUUAAUGGAUGCUCCCAGUCCCCUUUUUCUACAGGAGUUAGGAGAACCUCUCUGCAUAGAUAACAGACUUUUUCCUCCUCCUCCUUCUGGUGGUGCCUCCAUGAGUGUCAGACAUCCCCCUCCAGAUGCCUCCCAGGUUACAGCCUCGAUGCCUCCUCUCCUUGACCUUCCCUGUUACUCUGAGGCAGUGGAAUCUCUCUUAGAUUACAGCCUUGAUUUCCACACUCCCAUAGGUGCCUCAGUGGAUGCUCUUCGUCCACAAUGUCGUCGUCUCCGUCAUGAGUUAAUGGAACCUCCCUCCAUGGGUCUCCCUCCCCCUGCCACCCAGCUUUCCUCUGCCACAGAGUUCGCCACCGAGCGUUAUGCCUCAACUACUCCUGGCUUUGCAGAUCUUCCUCAUCCUCCUCGUCUUGCAUCUCAGCAAUUCAUGUCCAUGACUUCCAGCCCUGCUCCUCCUCCUACUCUUUUUGGCAGUGUGGGCGCAUCUUUUUCCAGGAGGCACAGGGCUGCUGCCCCCAUUGUCUUUGAUCAACCCGCAAUGUCUGCACCACCCUCUCUCCCUCGAUCUGGUGGCUUUGGUGGUUUCCUCCAACAAUCGAAUGAGUCUUUGGGUUUUGGUUUCUCAGACUCUGGACUCUUUGGAGCAUCUCUGCAGAGUUCUGCAUCUACUACACACAGUGCCGCUUUCGCCCCGGCUCCCCCUCUUCCUGCUCACUCUGUUCUCUUUGGUCAACCUACAGUUCCCAAGUAUGCUAUUGGCAUGUCAAAUGCGGUUGCAUAUGGGAGCACUACUGGUGUUCUGCAAAAGACAACUGAGCCUGAACAGUAUCGUGGUUUCUCAGUUUCUAGCUUUGGAGCAUCUCAGCAACAACAAAAAUGCCCUGUGUUUUCUGCAGCUGCCAAAGUCAUUCCUAAGCUUAGAGGGAAAAUGGCUCUGUCAUUUCGGGGAAAACAAAUAAGCAGACCUCACACAGUGGCCUGGAAUGAGCUGUUUGAACUUCAGCAUGAGGAUGGAUACUGGGAGUGCACUGACAGGCUAAGCAGCUUCCUCAACCUGGACGUAGACUUUUUUGCCAAUGUCUUCCUUAAGGAGAAAGGCAUCCGCUCUUUUG